AUGGCCAUAGGACAUUCCCUCCUGCCCCUAGUAUUCACUGCCACAACCAAAUACCUUUUGGACGCGGACUUGGCUCAUCCGGCGCAGCGGUCAUUGCAGGCGUUCUUCUCGGAGACAGUCUCUGGAAACUCAAGCUCUCCCGAAACCGCGCUUAUUGGAGGAUUUGUUGGAUCAUACCUUAGAGAGCUAGACCCACAAGCUACCGAGGCAGCACAAGUACCCCUCUCUGAAGUCCUCCUGGAAUACCCUCCCGAUGCUGGAGACAACUGGGGUCUUUCCCCACCUGUUCCGCCAUUGGAUAUUGGUCACUAUGUCCGAUUUAAAUGGAACAGUAGGAUCAAAGCUGUUGCCAUCAUACUCCAAUUUGAACUCAGUACUGCAAAAGCGUGA